UCGCCGAAGCGGGAGCGCGCCGCUCGCGGGGCCGCGCGUCGUCGCCCCACCCCCACCCCCCUCCCCUGCUGCUGUCGCUUCCGCGUGUUGGCUCGCACUCGCUCGAGCACCAACUGCCGGCAGGAUCCAGGAUCCGCCGCGCGCUCCGGUACCGCCCGCCGCCGCCGCCUCCGCCUCCGCCUCCUCCACACGACAGAAGAUGAUCCAUCUACUUUUGACGCUGCUGCUUUUAAUGCAAUUUGGAGACGUUUGCUCGCUGCGAAACAGCUCUCGCAAUGAUUCAUUCGUGGAUCCCGAAGCCUACAUGAAUAUUUAUCAACUUAUCACCUACCAUGGUUAUCCCAGUGAGGAGUACGAUGUGAUGACUUCUGAUGGUUAUAUCCUUUCUAUAAACAGAAUUCCUUAUGGAAGAAAUGAAACAAAGUCACCUGAAGGGCCUCGGUCGGUAGUAUUUCUUCAGCACGGUUUACUGGCGGCUGGGAGCAACUGGGUCACAAAUCAGCCCAGAAACAGCCUGGGGUUUAUCCUCGCAGAUGCUGGCUACGAUGUUUGGAUCGGAAACAGUCGUGGAAACACUUGGUCCAGAAAACACAAAAGCAUUCCAGUUUAUAAGGAUGCAUUCUGGAGGUUCAGCUUUGAUGAAAUGGCCACCAAGGAUUUGCCAGCAGUAAUAGACUUCAUCCUCAAAAAGACGGAUCAAGCUCAACUGUACUAUGUUGGUCAUUCUCAGGGGACAACGAUUGGUUUCAUCGCCUUUUCUAAAAUGCCGGAGCUGGCAAAGAAGAUUAAAGUCUUUUUUGGACUGGCUCCCGUCACGACGGUUAAAUAUGCCACCAGCCCUUUGGUAAAACUCGCUCGUCUCCCAGAGUUCGUGAUCCACGAAAUAUUCGGAAACCAGGAUUUCCUUCCGCAGACCAAGAUGGUAACGUGGUUUGCUACACGCGUGUGCAGUCGGUUCUUGAUCGAGGAGCUGUGCGGCAACGUAUACUUUUUAAUAAGCGGAUUUAAUACAAAGAAUCUUAACAUGAGCAGAAUACCAGUCUAUUCAGCCCACUGUCCAGCUGGAACGUCUGUGCAGAAUAUCGUCCACUGGAGCCAGAAUGCUAAAUCUGGACAUUUUCAGGCGUUUGAUUGGGGUACCGAAAAUAAAAACAUGGAUCACUAUAAUCAGACAGUACCGCCCGUGUACAACAUAAAAUACAUGAAUAUCCCCACUGCCAUCUGGACGGGAGGCCGCGACUGGCUAGCUGAUCCCAAGGACGUGAACAUGUUACUGGGCCAAGUGCCCAACCUUAUUUACCACAAGCAACUCUCAGACUGGGAGCAUCUGGAUUUCAUCUGGGGCAUGGAUGCCCCAAAGCGCCUGUACGUGGAAAUGAUUGAUCUGAUGAGAAAGUAUGAGUGAGCUCGAAACCACUUUGAAAUGACUGGAGUCAAAAUGUACUCCAUUUUGUGUUUUGUAUAUUUUCCCUUUCCAGCUUCAUUACUAGGACCAUUGAUGGUCCAAGAUAAUUUUUAAAAAGAGACUAUAUACCAGUUUUGUAAUUAAAGCUUUGGUAAGUUGAUGCCCCUGCCUGAGCCCUGUGUUUAAGUAAGAUAGCAAUGUGUGUCUUUGUACCAAACUCCCUCACUCUGAUAACCUGCUAAAGGUUAUGGGGAAUUUUUAGACUGUUGCUUGAUUCAUCGUGGUUAUUUUGGAGUGAUCCCAGUAAAAAUAUCUCUCAAUCACCAGCUUCAUUAAUGUCAAGACAGGGGUUAAAAAAAAUGUCUAUUUUUUUAAUUGCUUGUGUCAAAACUUGCAAUGCAUCAAUUGAAUCGAGCUAAAUCUAUUGACUGAAGAUCGACCCAAAAUGCUGGAUUGACUCAGCGGGACAGGCAGCAUCUCUGGAGAAAAGGAAUAGGUCACGUUUCGAGUCGAGACUCUUCUUCAGACCUCUAGAGAAAAUAAAUAAGUGAUGUAUCGGGUCGAGACCCUUCUUCAGACCCUCCUUGACCCGGUACGUCACCCAGCGUUUUGUGUCUUAUCUUCAGUGUAAACCAACAGCUGUAGUUCCUUCCGACUUAAUCUAUUGAUUGUAUUAAAUAUACCCCUUUUUAAAAUGUACAGUAGUUUUCUACUCGUGUUUCCCUGGCACGGAGCAAGUACAUCUGUGAAUCCAGGCAGACCUCACAAUAGUGCUACUGCCAUGGGAUAUUAUUCUUCCAGACAAUGCAUUGGUGAUUAUAUGUAGAAAACAAGACACUGUGAAUUCCUUUGAGGCCUUAAUUUCAGAUGUAAUCAUUGUACUGGAUUUCUCUUUCAGAUAGUCUGGUAAUUAUACAAAGCCUUCUCCAUUGAAUUUUUCUAAAGCAAUUCUGUAUUUUGAUACUUAAGGCAACAUCAAGGUUUCAAUAUUAGUUUGAUUUCUGAACAUUGACUUUAUGAAAUAGAUGUUUGAUGUUAAACCUGAGCCGACACCUCUUCAUUCAAAGUUGGUAAACGGUCUAAUUAAAAAUUGAAAAUGACACAAAAUUAUGGUGUAGCUCAUGUUGAUGCCCCUGCCUGAGCCCUGUGUUUAAGUAAGAUAGCAAUGUGUGUCAGGCAGCAUCGCUGGAGAAUAGGAAUAGGCGAUGUUUUGGGUCGGGACCCUUCAUCAGUGAGGUUGGAUUAGGAGGUCUGGAAGCCCCAAAACACAAGAUGGAUGCCCCAAUCAAAAUCAUUUAAUCAUCGAGUUGCUUAAUAUUAUUCAAUUGAAAUAUUUGGGUCAGCGCAGCGGUAGAGUUGCUGCCUCACAGCCCCAGCGUCCCGGGUUCGAUCCUGAACUCAGGUGCUGUCUGUACUGAGUUUGCACAUUCUCCCUGUGACCACAUGGGUUUCCUUCGGAAGCUCCGGUUUCCUCGCAUAUUCCAAAGACUUGCAGGUUUGUACUUCAAUUGGCUUCCACAAAAUCGUCCCUUAUGUGCGUAGGAUACGGGGUGAUUGCUGGUCGUCGUGGACUGUUUGCGCGCUGUAUCUCUUAAAUAAAUUUGGAUUUUCACAAAA